AUGUCAUCAUCUAAUUCAUCUUAUAAUCCAGCUGAAGAAACAAUUAAUUCAAUUCUCACUGGAUUACUUCCAGUAUUGAUAGUUGGUCUGUUUAAUGGUUUUGAAGAUGGUAAAAAAAAGAAAUUAUCUGUGAUAAAUAUAUUUGAUGAUUUUGUUAUAUUUGCAUCUAUUGUCAUAUAUCCUUUAAUUACAGCAAUUGAGUGGUAUCAAUAUUAUAGCAACUAUUACAAAAAAACAGUUAUUAUAAAUUACACCUUUAUAGCAUUUUUUGGAAUAAUUUCAUAUAUCUAUUUCUUAUUGGUUCAAUACAUAAAUGAAGAGAAUGAAAAGAAUGAAGAAGAAAACAAUGAAAAUGUAAGCUCGGUUGAAGAAGAAAAAAAAAUUGAUAAGAGAGGAAGUAAUGAAAUAAGUAUAAAUGUGGAUAAUGAAAAUGGAAACAACAAAAAUGGAGAGAAUGAAAAGAAUGAAGAAGAAAACAAUGAAAAUGUACUAAGCUUGGUUGAAGAAGAAAAAAAAAUUGAUAAGAGAGGAAGUGAUGAAAUAAAUAUAAAUGUGGAUAAUGAAAAUGGAAACAACAAAAAUGAAGAGAAUGAAAAGAAUGAAGAAGAAAACAAUGAAAAUGUAAGCUCGGUUGAGGAAGAAAUAAAAAUUGAUGAGAUAGGAAGUGAUGAAAUAAGUAAAAAUGUGGAUAAUGAAAAUGGAAACAACAAAAAUGAAGAGAAUGAUGAAAAAAUAAAUGGGAGAGAAAUAAUCAAAAUAAUCAUAAAAGCGUUAUUUGAAAGAUCUAUAAAUGAAAUACAAUUGUUAGCUUGCUACUUCAUUUUUGUGCUUACUAUUUCAACAUAUUUUGGGUAUGAUGCCUUUAUCCAUGGUGAUCAUGAUCUCUCGUUUGGUUUUAAUAACCCUAACAAGGUUUAUAAUCACAUGAGUAGUUAUUGCAUUGAAAACUUUGGAGUUAACAAAUGCAACAGUUUGAGGCUAACAAAUAUAAUAAUAUACUUUGCUGGAAUUGUAUUUUAUGUUUUACAUGGGCUUUAUAUCUCAAUUUUACGCAUUCGCAAACUUCGUGAAGGCAAAUUGGGACGUUACUUAGAAAACUUUAAACAUAUCGAUCAAUUCACUACAAUCUUAAAUGUUUUUAAACAUAUCAAUAUAGUGUUAUUAAUUGUUUAUCCAGCUAUUGUAUCUGGAUAUUUAAUUAGCACCAGUCCUAUUACCACAAAAAUAGCUUUUGGAAUUUGUACUUUAUCUUUUACUAGAUUAGUUGACCAUUUUAAUGAAAACCCUGAUAAAAUCAAUACAUUAAUCUCCAUUUAUCUGAAUGGCGAAGGAAAUAGUAAAGAUAAAGAGCAAAUAGAUAAACUAACAGAAGAGAUAGAAAAACUAACAAAUAAGAUAAACAAUCAAACAAACGUGAUAUAUAAUCUAAGAAAUGAGAUAAAAGAGAAUAAGCUGAACAAAGUGGAAAACGUGAAUUAA